GCUGGUGUGCAUUUUGUGUGCGCCGCCAUAAAAUAUAUUCUAUGAGGGUGCUUGGAUUUCAUUCCAAGGUGAAUAUAUAUAUCAAAGUAUCAAGUUUCGUUGAUAACAAUUGAUAUUUUCGCGCCAUUAUUUGCCAAACACUGGGAAAUAUGGCCGGAAAUCGAAAUACUUUAUCAUAGACGUCGUGUAUAUUAACCAACACCUGUGGAUCUGGUGAAGCGGUCCGUCGCAAUUGCCAGUCAUCCUUUUCAUUUGUUGGUGUCGUUAUUGCUCAAGCUGCUGAGAAAUCUGGUAAUUCUACACAUAUUUAUUGUUUAGAACAAAGUACUGGUCUGAUAGUCACGUAAAGGUCGAGCACAUGGCAGGUGGUAUAAAUGGCGACCCAGAACCAAAAGGUGUUAAACGCAAAUGUGAAGAACCCUCCAUAACACAAGAACAGCAUGAUUCACUUUCUGACAACAAUGGAAUGCAUACAGAUAUCCCAAUUGUCAAUACUAAGGUACGCUGCAAGUUUUGUCAUAAAACAAAUACAGAAGAUGUGUGUAUACCUUCAAGUGCCGCACCAGAAUGCAUUGUGUUAACAAACGAGAUUUUGGCUAAUAUUUACACUGAUAAUGAUGAUGUGGUACAACACAACUUAACAAAUUACAGCAUUUAUGAUGAAAAUGGGCAUAUGUGCUCUAUAGAUUCAGGGGUAAUGGAGAGAAAUAUCACAAUAUAUAUGACUGGCUAUGUAAAACCAAUUUAUGAUAAUAGUCCUGGUAUAGAAGAAGGAAUAGCUGCUAGAGAAUUGGGACCAAUAUUGGAAUGGUGGUUAUCAUCAUACGAUGGCGGUACUCAGGCAUUAAUAGGUAUAAACACAGAAUAUGCUGAUUAUUUAUUAAUUGAACCACACCCUAAAUAUAAAAAAUACAUGACGUCAGUAACUGAAAAGAUACAUUUAAGUAGAGAGGUAAUUAAAAAUAUUUUAAGUAGUGAAUACGACGAUCCAACAUAUGAAGAUAUUUUAAAUUGUAUAAUAAACUCUGUAAACCCAGCAACAGGCAAUAAAUUCACUGAAGAAGAUCUUAUUUCUCAUGCCCAAUUUGUCCUCAAUCAAGUAUUAGAAUACGAUUUAAAUGACACAUAUCAUUUACCUUUAGCAGAAACUCAAUGUAUUGAAACAUUGACCCAGCUUUCAGGGGCUGCAAAACCUGUCAAAGCACUAUCUAGAAGAGCCGGACAAAGAAAUCAAUAUGUGAAAACUGAUAUUAAUAAACGAGAGUUCAGCAAGGCAACUACUACAGAGUUAGUUAAAGAUGUAUUUGAAAAUAUGUUUGCGGCUCAAUUAGAUAUUGAUGAUAAAGAAAAUGAAGGAAACGUGAAUAAACUUGUUAAGACCAUGUUUGAUGAUGUUUGCAACUCUAAAAUAAAAAAAGAAAUAUCUGAUAUACGUGUAAAUGUUAAUCAGGUGUUGUGGAGAGAUCAAAUACUGUGUGAAAAGAUGUUUGUUGUUGUGAAAAACAAUGCCUCAACAAUUCCAUUAAUAGGAUGCAUAGAAUAUUUUUUUAAGACAAAGUUUAAAAAUAAUGCCCAUAUUCAGCUCUUUAUGCAUAGUUAUGAAACUGUACUGGGUGAAACAGCUGACCCUCAGGAAAUAUUUUCUCUCAAAAAUUGUACAAAUAUUGAUAUAAAAAAUGUUGUCAGAGUAUUAGAUGUUGUACAAAAAAUACCUAGUAAAAAUUGGUUUCAACUCGGUAAUUCAAAAUUACAAGAUCUCUUAGAACCUAUCAAUCGCAAAAAUAAAAAUUCAUUUUUUUAUCAACUACAAUAUGAUGAUAAAUUCGGACGAUUCGAAUAUCCAAAACCGUUAGAACCAAAUACUGUUAUUACAGAAGGUUAUUGUAGUAAUUGUGAAGAUUUUGUCUUAGAACAAAAAUCAAAAGAACCUGAAUUACACGAGUUUAUUGAACAAGAUAAGAAUAUUUCAUAUUUUUAUAAAUUUAAAUUAUUUGAUGAAGAGUAUAAAGUUGGUAGCUUUAUUUAUCUACAACCUGAAAUAUUCAAAACAGCUUCAAGAUCAAAUAUGAUUGGAGAAGAACCAUUUGAGUUUAAAAAGACAAAUAAAAAUAUAAGUAAUCAAGAACAAAAAAUUAUUGAUGAAACUAAAUAUCCUGAGUAUUAUCGUAAGUCAUUGGAAAAUACAAUGCGUGGUUCAAAUGAAACUACUCCAGAUCCAUUUGAAAUCGCAGAAAUAUUGGCAAUUUACUUUGUCGAUUGGGAUAGAAAAAAUAUCAAGCUGAUUGUACGACGUAUGUAUAGAGCUGAACAAAUUCCUCUAGAAGAUUAUGCUAAAAAUUCAGAUAUGAAUAUGUUAUUUUGGUCAGAAGAAGAAUUUAGGGUUACAUAUCAAAACAUACGUGGUAAAUGUUAUGUUUCUUUCAUUUCUAAUAUUCAAGAUCCACUUUUGUGGUCUUCGGGUGGACCAGAUCGAUUUUAUUUCACAAAGAAAUAUGAUUUUAUAUUUGGCUCUAUUGUCUCUGAACAUGAACUUCCAAGUGAAGCUAAACUGACUGGAAAAGAAGUUUAUGUUAAUUAUAAAUAUCAAUAUGUGGAUGAAAAUAAAUUGCAGUAUAUACCAUCAUAUAAGAAAAUCAAACCACUCAGAGGACUUGAUAUAUUUGCUGGUUGUGGCGGUCUGUCUAGGGGCUUAGAAGAUAGUGGUCUCGUUAUAAGUAAUUGGGCUAUUGAGUGCGAUGACAAAGCUGCAGGCGCAUUUAAAUUAAACAAUCCAGAGGCAACUGUGUUUGUUGAAGAUUGUAAUCAUUUAUUAAAAUUAGCAAUGUCUGGCGAAAAAACAAACAGUAAAAAUCAAAACAUACCACAAAAGGGUGAAGUUGACUUCAUUUGUGGAGGACCUCCUUGUCAAGGGUUUAGUGGAAUGAAUAGGUUUAAUUCUGGUCAAUAUUCAUUGUUCAAGAACUCUCUGAUUGUUUCAUUUUUAUCAUAUAUUGAUUUCUACCGUCCAAAAUAUUUUGUCAUGGAGAACGUUAGAAAUUUUGUAUCCUUUAAAAGAAGUAUGGUUCUUAAAUUGACUCUUAGAUGUAUUACACGUAUGGGCUACCAGUGUACAUUUGGUAUUCUACAAGCCGGUAACUUUGGUGUACCUCAAACUAGAAGGAGGUUAAUUAUUAUGGCAGCAGCUCCCGGUGAAAAAUUGCCACUCUAUCCUGAGCCUAUACAUGUCUUCAAUAGAAGGAGCUCCAGUUUAACUGUUCAAAUUGGUACUAAGAAAUUCAAAACUAACUGUAAGUAUGAUGAGUCAGCUCCUAUGAGAACAGUUACUGUAUAUGAUGCUUGGUCUGAUUUACCUGAAAUACCAAAUGGAGCAAAUGAUGAAGAUAUCAUAUAUAAAUCGAAGCCCAUUACACAUUUACAGAAAUUACUUAGAUAUCCAGACAAUCGAUAUGCAGAAUCUAUACUGAGUGAUCAUAUAUGCAAAGACAUGUCAUCUUUGGUUCAAGCUAGAAUGGCACUGAUACCAGUAUGUGAAGGAAGUGACUGGAGAGACCUGCCCAAUAUAACAGUACAUUUACCUGAAGGACUUAAAACCAAUAAACUUUUGUAUACUCACCAUGAUAUCAAAAAUGGUUAUGGUCCAAAUGGUGCAUUACGUGGUGUUUGCAUGUGUGCCAGUGGUGAUAAAUGUGAUCCGCAAGAUCGUCAAAACAAUACAAUUAUCCCUUGGUGCUUACCACAUACUGGUAAUAGACAUAAUAAUUGGGCAGGCUUAUAUGGCCGUCUAGCAUGGUCAGGGUUUUGUUCAACCACCAUUACAAAUCCUGAGCCAAUGGGAAAACAAGGCAGAGUACUUCAUCCUGAGCAACACCGUGUGGUCAGUGUACGAGAGUGCGCCCGCUCACAAGGUUUUAAAGAUUCUUUCAUAUUCCAUGGUCCAAUCAUUAACAAACAUAGGCAGAUUGGUAAUGCAGUUCCUCCACCAAUGGGUACAGCUAUUGGUCAUGAAAUAAUCAAAGCUAUUGACAAAAAACCUAGAUUUAUUUACAGUCCAUUUUUUUAGGCGACCACUGACAAACCUUUUUGUCUUUUUUUAUUAUAUGUUUAAACUAUAUUUGAUCACCUAUCGUAAUACAAAUUUAACUCUUCUUUUAUUAAAAUUUUCUUUAUGUUCAUAUACAUCAUCUACUACGAUUACAAGGUGUUCAAAUAUUAUAAUCAUUUGAUAUGAAAUUUAAUUUUAGUUUAUUUUUAAUUUUAAUUUUAUUGGAUUAUUGCGUAUGAUUAUUGAUUUUUUUUUUAUUGAUUAUUGUAAUUCAGUUAAUGUUGAUGCUUAUAUUAUAUUAUAAAUGUUUUAUUUAGUGACUAUAAAUUAUAAUAUAAGCCUACACUAGAUUCAGGUUUCAUACCAAUUUUUUUAUUAAUUAUAUUCUUACAUUUUAUUUUCAUAAGUCAUUUUACAUUUUUUAUCUUAUAUAUCAUUGAUUUCUUUUUUAUUUAAUAUAAUAUUAUUGUUUAUACUUAAAUACAUUCCAUUACAAUUACAAACUAUUAUUUUGAUACAGAAUAUUGUUAUUUAUUUAUGCAAAUGUCUUGUUAAUUUUGUUAUACUUCAGAAUAAUAAGAUAUAGAAAUUUCUCAGUAUUUUUAAAAGUAUUUAAGUACUAUGUAUAAAAUAUUUGUUAUACAUUAAUAUUAUUUUUAACUCUGAUAAUAUUUGAUAGUUUUAUAGUCAUACUUCAAAGUUAAAUUGGUAAGUAUAUUUUAAUUUAAGUUACUAAAGUUGUGUACAAAUUACAAUUUCUAUAAAUAUUGUCUUUAAUUGGUUGUUAAACUGAAAAUACUACCUUAUAUUUCCAGUUGGUAGAUGUAAUUCAAAGUGAUGAGAAGUGUCAAUAUUACCUGGAGUCAAGUUAAAAAAAAUUCAUUAAUGAUUAAUGAUUAGAGUAGAGCUAUUUAUUAUUAUUUCAAAAACAUAAAAUGCCAUCAACCAAUUAUGGACAUACUUAUCAACAGUACAAUUUUAAAUAUAUAUUUUAUUAGUGAUUAUAUUUAUUUAAUUUGAAAGUUAUAUUAGGUAUAUAUUUAGGGGAAUACGGACAUCCGGCCGAAUCCAAACGGCCGACGGCUAUAUAGGCCGACAGUCAGAUAGCCGAAACUAUUUUAGCCGACAAGGUCAAAAGGCCGACACUACGAAAAGCCGACACUAAAAUAAAUUAAGUAUAAGCUAUACAUUUUCAAUUCGAUAACGUAGUGUUGUCUUUUGUUGUAAUAAUGUUAUCGAUAACUUAUCGAAAUUUAACGAUACCUAAUACCUAUAGCCUGUAAUCUACAGUGGGUAUUGCUAUUGCAUGUUCAUAAAUACUGUUUCAGUUGAUUCGUAACCACGCCGCGUCUUUGCAUUCAUUUUUGUGUCGUUGUUUAAUUUAAUUUAUGUAUUUGCAUUAAAUAAUUAUGGAAUAUAAAAUUGAAAUUUUUGGUACAAAAUUAUUAAUUGACAAUUUUAUCAUGAUUAAAAACAAAAACCGUAACAAUAAAUAUUAUUGGGAAUGUGAAAAGAGGAAACAUACUAAACGGCAUAAUAGUAAUAAUGAAUAUUGUAAUGCAAGAGCAGUAACAAUUCUUGUUGAUGGUAAUCAUAUUGUUAAAGAUAAUUCUUUUUUAAAUCACAACCAUGGGCCUGACCCAUGCCGAUUGUUGGUAAAGAAAAACAUAAAAUAUAUUGUUUCAAAAGCUCUGUCUUCGAGAGAUAAACCUUCGCAAAUAAUACAGGAAGCAACGAGUCGCAUCCCCGUCAAUUCUCAGCCAUACAUGCCAUCAGUUGAAGCAACGCGAAAAAUUAUUUCACGGUGUAGAAAACAUCAGAAUCCACCAGAACCAACAAGUCUUUCACAAAUAGAUAUUCCUCUUAACUUAUGUAAGUCUUUUAAUGGUCAAACAUAUUUGGCGAAAAAUCCAGUCUAGUGGAUUGGCUACUAAAUAUGGAGAAAAUGAAGAAUUUAGUUUACAACUUCGAUGUAUGUGGUCACUUGCAUUUUUACACCCAUCAGAUAUACCUAAUGCUUUUGAUCAAUUGAAAGAUUCAUUACCCUAUGACAUUCAAAAUUACUUUGAAGAAAAUUACGUGCAUGGAAAAGUACGAAGGAAAUUUAGAAAUGGAAUAGUAUCUCGAUAUGAGCCAUUGUUUCCACCAUCAUUUUGGUCAAUACAUUUCAAUCAUGAAAACAAUAUUCCAAGGACACAAAACAAAGUCGAAGCAUGGCACAAAAGAUGGAAAGUAUUAGUAGGAGCUGAUCACGUUGGGGUGUAUCGUAUAAUUGAGGAAAUGAGAAAAGAGCAACAACACGUUGUGGGUAAGAUAAGUUCACGAAUAAAAAUAUUCUACUAAUAUUACAAUAAAAUAUAAUUUAUUUAUACAUACAUUUUGAUUCCAGGGCAAAUUCAAAUUAUUUUAUCCGGACAAGCAAGGCCAAAACAAAGUUCAAAGUACGUAAAACGUCAAAACCAAAUUCAAACUAUUCUAAAUGAUAAAGAAAACAGAACAACCCUCGAGACAAUAAGAGGUAUUGCAUACAAUUUGCACUAUUAAUUUUUAUUUAUUAACAUUUAACUAUAUAACAUAAUUAUCAAUUAUAAUUUUAUAAACUAUUAGUAUUUUUUAUUUUUUAUGUAUAAAUAUCAAAUUUUUUAAUUUUUAAAACAUAUUAGGAAUAUAAAAUGUACUCAAUAAUAAUUUAUUAGUAUUUUUUAUUUUUAUGUAUAAAUAUCAAAUUUUUUAAUUUUUAAAACAUAUUAGGAAUAUAAAAUGUACUUAUAAUUAUUAACAAUACACUAAAUUUUAUUUUUAAGAAUAAGUAUCACCUAUAUAUAUAUAUCUGUGUGUGUGCAUAAUUUACCUAUCUCAACAUAAAAUUACUUAAUCGGCCAUUUAAUAUGUCGGCCUAAUGCGUGUCGGCCUAUAAAUUUGUCGGCCAUUUAGUAUGUCGGCCUAUUGCGUGUCAGCCAAAUGUCUGUCGACCAAAUGUCUGUCGGCCGAUUGUACCACACCCAUAUUUAGGACACGUUGAAGUAUUAACCCAAUUCAUAUUGUCAAACAACUAAAGUUACUAAAAUAUUAUGGAUUUAAAUCUGUUUAUAUAAACUAAAGAAAUAAUAUUAAUGGGACUAGUGUUAACAGAAUAGUGAUAAAUCAUGAAUGUCUGAUAAUUUGAAACAGUUGUAUAUUCAUAUUUGUUUGAAGUCCUAUGUUUGCGAUCAUGAAUCCACAUAUAUAUGAUAAUGCUGAAGAUGGACAUAAAAAUGUGCACAGAUAACUAAUAAAAUAACCCAUAAAUCAUGUUGUCCAACUACAUUGGAAUUCUAUCUCUACAAUACUUACUAACCAAUUAUUAUUUAAAUAUUAUGUUUCUCAUAGAAAACAAUAUUACGUUUGAAUUAUUCUUAUGA